GAUUUAAGUUUUUUAGGUUUCUCCUCUGUCGUUUUGCAUAUUAACAGCACCCUAAAGCUCAAAAGUCUCUCACUUUGUUCGUUUUGGGUUGUUUUCGGAGGACUGCAUAAUGGCCGGACUGGAAGAAGGGUUUCAGGCUUUUCUAAACAAUAGAUGGCUGGUUUUUGUUCCUGCAAUGUGGCUGCAAUCUUGUUCUGGGCCUGGCUAUAUAUUUGGUAGCAUAUCAUCAGUGAUAAAGACUUCUUUGAAUUAUAAUCAAAAGCAGAUUUCAAAGUUGGGUGUGGCUAAAGAUCUUGGAGGCAGUAUUGGGCUCAUAGCUGGGACAUUGUCUGAGAUAUUGCCUCUAUGGGGUGUUUCGCUCGUUGAUGCUUUGCAGAAUCUUAUGGGUUAUGGUUCCGUUUGGUUGAUUGUUACAGGGAAAGUACCAGUUUUUCCAUUGUGGGCUAUGUGCGUCUUAAUAUUUGUGGGAAACAAUGGUGAGACCUACUUCAAUACGGCUGCACUUGUUUCUGGUUUGCAAAACUUUCCAGAAAGCACGGGUCCAGUGGUAGGAAUUCUCAAGGGAUUUACUGCUUUGAGCGGUGCAAUUUUGGCUCAGAUAUACACACUGAUUAAUUUCCGAGAUCAAUCAUCUUUGAUAUUCAUGGUUGCAGUUGGACCAAGAAUGGUGGUUAUUGCUUUAAUGUUCAUUAUCAGACCUGUUGGAGGUCACAAACAAGUGCAUCCAUCUGAUGGUUCAAGUUUCACACUUGUUUAUUGUGUGUGCCUCCUUCUGGCUACUUACUUGAUGGCAAUCAUGAUUCUGGAAGGUCUUGUUAGUAUGAGCCACAAUUUAGUCACAGUUUUUACUCUGAUUUUGUUUGUUCUUCUUUUGAUUCCCGUCGGAUUGAGUUUCCGCGAAGAGCCUAGAGAUCCAGCAGAAGAGAUUCUUCUACCAAGGCCUGAGCAACAUGAAGUAGUAUCCAGUGAGUUUAAAAAUGAAAAACCCGAGGAAGUAGACUCGCUUGCGGUGCCGGAAGGGCAAAACCGAAAUGCUCUGUUGCAAGCAGAACUUUUCCGAGCGGCUGCUGAAGGGGCAGUAAGGGUGAAGAAAAGGAAAGGUCCUCGUAGAGGAGAGGACUUCACCUUGACGCAGGCUUUGAUCAGAGCAGACUUUUGGCUUAUUAUGUUCUCUCUUCUAUUAGGUGGGGGAUCAGGGCUGACAGUUAUAGAUAAUCUUGGUCAGAUGAGCCAAUCUCUAGGAUAUGCUAAUCCUCAUAUAUUUGUAUCCAUGAUUUGUAUUUGGAACUUUCUUGGUCGUGUCGCUGGGGGUUACGUCUCGGAAUUGUUCUAUAGGGAUCAUGCUCAUCCAAGGCCAAUUGUCAUUGUUAUGGCGCAGCUUGUUAUGGCUGUUGGCCAUGUUUUCUUUGCUAUGGGAUGGCCUGGAGCAAUGUAUAUUGGUACUUUAUUGGUAGGGCUUUGCUAUGGUGCUCACUGGGCAAUUAUGCCAGCCACAGUCUCUGAGUUAUUCAGCUUGAAAAAGUUCGGUGCUUUUUACAAUUUCCUCAGUUUGGCAAAUCCGGCGGGUACACUAAUCUUUUCAAGUGUAAUUGCAAGUAGCAUUUAUGACUAUGAAGCAGAGAAACAAGCUCGUCAACAUCGUAUAAAGUCGCAUAUUUCAGGCUCAAUUCUCUCAGGAAUGUUUGCUCAAGAUGAAUCACGUAAGUGUGAAGGUUCCAUAUGCUUCUUUCUGAGUUCCAUGAUUUUGUCUGGAUCUUGCAUCAUCGCAGCUGUUUUAAGCAUGGUACUUGUAAUAUUAAACUAUCAUAAGUUUUACAUAUUUAUUCUUCCAACUCUUUUACAAUAUUAAAAAAUAUUUCCCACAAAAAACGUGAUCGAAAAGGUUAAAAAAUAGAAAUAUAUGAAAAAAAAGAAAAAUAAAAAGAAUAUUAUGUGGGUUGAAUUUUAUGCCGAAAAUUUUCAGAUUUAAGGAGACUCCAGUUUAGAUUUAAUAAUUUUUUGAAAUAAUGAACACUUCGAACAAAGUUUGUCAAGUUAUUUCGCAAAUUUUCGAGUUUUCGGGUU